AUGUUAUCAUCGGCAACUGUCCUUCCAGUAUGGCCUCCUCAUGAGCUGACGGAACCUGAACGAAACAAGUGUAUCACCCAGGAUGCGAGAGACUAUGCCCUAGGACACGGCCUCGUGUACAGAGCUCUUCCCGCGGAGCAAGGCGGCCUUCCCCCUCAAGAUGUGACAAUCCAUGCACCUACAACCAUUGUACCCACGCCUUUCCCACGCGCAUUGUACGAAAAGGCUCAGCGUCUGCAACCCCUCUUUAAUGAGUUAUACGCGAAGGUCGCAAUGGAUGCGGAAUUCCUUUCGACAAUCCUCGAAAACUCAGUCGUAAAGGUUGAUGAUUUCCAGCGUCGGCUAUACCAAAUAUGGCGCGCUGUGCUGGAAGAAGGUGGCUCGCAGCCCAUGCAGCUUGGCCUUUUUCGCAGUGAUUAUCUGAUGCACGCGAAUGCGCGCGAUGAGCUCGAACUACAACAGGUGGAAUUUAACACGAUCGCUGCUUCUUUCGGCGCACUCUGUACACGUGCAUCAAACAUGCAUCACCAUCUGCUCAAGAAUGGAGCAUAUGCAGGCGUGCAUCCGAGUCUUUGCGCUGAAAACAUGCCCCGAAACGAUGCUUUGUCAACGCUUGUACAUGGUCUCGCAGAUGCUCAUCGCCACUAUCUGUCCGAGACAGGCCAGCCGCAACAUAUGUCAUCGCCUGCAGUUCUCUUUGUUGUUCAACCAAACGAACGCAACGCAUUUGACCAACGUGCUAUUGAACAUGAGUUAGAAGACCAGCACCGAAUCCCUGUCUUGCGUAUUUCACUCGAUGAACUGUGCACGAAAGCUACGCUGCAUGGCACGAACCGAGUGCUAGUUGUUCAGUCACCUCUGCAUCUAACCCCGAUCGAGAUCUCGGUUGUGUACUUCCGCAGUGGGUAUGGUCCAGAUGACUACACGUCACAGGAUGCAUGGGAUGUGCGUCUCAUGCUCGAGCGGAGUCAUGCGAUCAAAUGCCCUAGUGUAGCACUCCAGCUUGCUGGCUCGAAGAAGGUUCAGCAGGUGCUUGCUGAGCCGAACGUGCUGGAGCAAUUUUUGGGCCAGUCGGCGCACGAUGUCCGAGUGACAUUCUCGCAGUUGUGGCCGCUGGACGAGUCGCAUCUUGGUCAAGAAGGAUUGGAACUCGCCAGAACCUCACCUGACAAGUAUGUGAUGAAGCCGCAGCGCGAAGGUGGGAGCCACAACAUUUAUAAGCACGACAUUCCAUUGGCCCUGGACGCGAUGCACAAGCGUGACCAGGAGCGCAAAUCUCAUGGUGAAGAUGUGGCAGUUAAAGAGCAUGAAGGCUACAUCCUCAUGAGUCUGAUCAACACACCCAAGGACCGCGGAGCUAUGAUGUUGCGUGCAGGCCGUGGCGAUAUGGCACAAACGGUUGCUCAGACGGUGAGUGAGCUUGGUGUGUAUGGAACAGCGUUGUUUGGCGUUACAGGGAAGGAGUCCAUGCGAUCGGGCGGCUAUCUCUUGCGAACGAAGGCAAGCGACAGCAAUGAAGGUGGCGUGGCUGUUGGAUUCAGCGUCAUUGACACACCAUUGUUGAUUUGA